GACUGUGUGGGUUUCCGGGAGGUUACGAGUGCGUCCUAGGCCUCGGGGGUUCCGCAGAUUACAGGCCCAGGGCCCGCGUCCGAGUGUCAGGUUGGAGCCGGGAAACGUCCCAGGGGGUAGCGGCGGCGGGGGCAGGAUGAGCGCGGAGGCGGCGGACCGGGAGGCGGCCACCUCCAGCCGGCCCUGCACCCCGCCGCAGACCUGCUGGUUCGAGUUCCUGCUGGAGGAGUCGCUGUUGGAGAAACAUCUGCGUAAGCCCUGCCCGGAUCCUGCACCAGUUCAACUUAUAGUCCAGUUUUUGGAACAGGCUUCUAAACCUUCAGUUAAUGAACAGAACCAAGUUCAACCUCCACCUGAUAACAAGAGAAAUCGUAUUUUAAAGCUUCUUGCUCUUAAAGUUGCUGCACAUUUGAAGUGGGACUUAGACAUAUUAGAGAAAAGUUUGUCUGUUCCAGUAUUGAAUAUGUUACUAAAUGAACUGCUGUGCAUCAGUAAAGUUCCUCCCGGAACAAAGCACAUAGACAUGGAUCUGGCCACUUUACCUCCAACCACUGCCAUGGCUAUACUUCUCUACAAUAGAUGGGCAAUUAGGACAAUUGUUCAAAGUAGUUUUCCUGUCAAACAACCAAAACCUGGACCUCCUCAGUUAAGUGUUAUGAAUCAGAUGCAACAGGAGAAAGAGCUAACAGAAAAUAUUUUGAAAGUGCUAAAAGAACAAGCUUCUGAUUCUAUCUUGGUACUAGAGGCAGCCCUUAAAUUAAACAAGGAUCUUUAUGUCCACACGAUGAGAACGCUAGAUUUAUUGGCCAUGGAGCCAGGCGUGGUAAAUGGAGAGACUGAGAGUUCCACUGUUGGAUUGAAAAUCAAAACCGAGGAGAUGCAGUGCCAGGUGUGUUAUGAUUUGGGUGCAGCAUACUUCCAGCAAGGCUCUACAAAUCCAGCUGUCUAUGAAAAUGCCAGAGAAAAAUUUUUUAGAACCAAAGAACUAAUUGCAGAGAUAGGUUCAUUAUCUCUUCAUUGUACCAUAGAUGAGAAGCGGUUAGCUGGCUAUUGUCAAGCGUGUGGUGUUCUUGUACCUUCUUCUGAUAGUGCACCUCAGCAAUUGACUCCAUAUAGUCAAGUCCAUAUUUGUUUGAGAUCUGGCAACUAUCAGGAGGUAACAAAGAUUUUCGCUGAAGACAAUUUAACCUUCAGUUUACCUGUGCAGUUCCGGCAGUCAGUCCUAAGAGAGCUCUUUCAGAAAGCUCAACAGGGAAAUGAAGCUCUAGAUGAAAUCUGUUUUAAAGUCUGUGCCUGUAACACAGUCCGUGAUAUAUUGGAAGGUAGAGCGAUUGGUGUUCAAUUUAACCAGCUAUUUCUUAGACCUAAUAAAGAGAAAAUAGACUUUCUUCUUGAGGUAUGUUCAAGAUCAAUAAAUUUAGAAAAAGCUUCAGAUUCUUUGAAAGGAAACAUGGCUGCUUUUCUAAAGAAUGUGUGUCUGGGGUUGGAAGACCUGCAGUAUGUUUUCAUGAUUUCUUCACAUGAGCUUUUCAUUACAUUGUUGAAAGAUGAAGAACGAAAGCUACUGGUUGAUCAGAUGAGGAAGAGAUCCCCUAGAGUAAAUCUGUGCAUUAAACCAGUAACUUCAUUUUAUGAUAUCCCAGCCUCAGCAAGUGUCAACAUUGGCCAGUUGGAGCAUCAGCUGAUAUUGUCAGUAGAUCCCUGGAGGAUUCGACAGAUUUUAAUUGAAUUACAUGGUAUGACUUCAGAGCGCCAAUUCUGGACCGUGUCCAAUAAGUGGGAAAUACCUUCUGUCUAUAGUGGUGUUAUCCUGGGAAUCAAAGACAAUUUAACAAGAGAUUUGGUUUACAUUCUAAUGGCCAAAGGUUUACACUGCAGUACUGUUAAGGACUUUACCCAUGCUAAACAGCUAUUUGCUGCUUGUUUGGAGUUGGUGACAGAAUUCUCACCAAAACUUCGUCAGGUCAUGCUGAAUGAGAUGCUGCUUUUGGAUAUUCAUACACAUGAAGCUGGAACAGGGCAAUCUGGAGAGAGACCGCCUUCUGAUCUUAUUAGUAGGGUGCGAGGAUAUCUGGAAAUGAGGCUUCCUGAUAUUCCUCUUCGUCAAGUUAUUGCCGAGGAGUGUGUUGCUUUUAUGUUAAACUGGAGGGAAAAUGAAUACCUUACCCUGCAAGUUCCGGCAUUUCUGCUUCAGAGUAAUCCAUAUGUAAAGCUUGGACAGCUUUUAGCAGCUACAUGCAAAGAACUUCCAGGCCCUAAAGAAAGUAGGCGGACUGCUAAAGACCUUUGGGAAGUUGUUGUUCAGAUCUGUAGUGUGUCCAGUCAACACAAACGAGGAAAUGAUGGCAGAAUUAGUUUAAUAAAGCAGAGGGAGUCUACAUUAGGUAUAAUGUAUCGGAGUGAACUGCUUUCUUUUAUCAAAAAAUUACGGGAACCGUUGGUUUUGACUAUUAUUUUAUCACUCUUUGUGAAACUUCACAAUGUUCGGGAGGACAUUGUGAAUGAUAUUACAGCUGAACACAUUUCUAUCUGGCCAUCCUCCAUCCCCAACCUCCAGUCCGUGGACUUUGAAGCCGUGGCUAUCACAGUGAAAGAGCUAGUUCGGUAUUCCCUCAGUAUAAACCCAAACAACCAUUCCUGGUUAAUUAUUCAGGCAGACAUUUAUUUUGCAACAAAUCAGUAUUCGGCAGCUCUUCACUAUUACCUCCAGGCAGGAGCGGUGUGUUCUGAUUUCUUUAAUAAGGCUGUGCCCCCAGAUGUUUAUACAGACCAGGUAAUAAAACGAAUGAUAAAGUGCUGUUCUUUGCUGAAUUGCCACACACAGGUGGCAAUUUUAUGUCAGUUCCUCAGAGAGAUUGACUACAAAACAGCCUUUAAAUCACUGCAGGAACAAAACAGUCAUGAUGCUAUGGACUCCUACUAUGACUACAUAUGGGAUGUUACCAUUUUGGAAUACUUGACUUAUCUUCAUCACAAAAGAGGAGAAACAGAUAAAAGACAAAUUGCGAUCAAAGCCAUCGGCCAGACAGAAUUGAACGCAAGCAACCCAGAAGAAGUGUUACAGCUGGCAGCGCAGAGAAGGAAAAAAAAGUUUCUUCAAGCAAUGGCAAAACUUUACUUUUAAGCAUUCAGAGAAUAACAACUAGAAUGACCAGAGGAGUAGAAGAGAUGUUGCCAAAGAUGAGAACAGGCUAAAGAUCAAGAUUUCAGUCUAGAAAGGUAUCUGAAACACACCAUGUGAUUUCAGGUAAGGAUAUACUGAAUACAAACUUAUUCAUCAAAUUUGGCAGAAUUUGGGGAUAGCCCUUAAGGCUCAAAAGAAAAAUGUGGAAGAGGAGAAAAAUACAUUAAGGAAAUUAAUGCAUGAUUCACCGUCCCUCUUCUACCCUCAAAACAAUACAGGCUUCAAAAAUUUCAGAUGAAGGUACUAACGAUAUCCUUAUGUGUUGAAUUUAAGAAAAGUAGAUUGAGAUCGUGUGAAGGAAAAUCUCAGGCAGGAAAGGUGUUUCCUUCUAUCCUAGCACCAUCAUCAGAUAUAAAAAUACUAGGCUGGAUAUAGACCAUUAUUCUAACCUAACAUAGCAUUUAUUGCAUUUGAUUGGUUAAUUAGGUUUCAGAGACCAUUUUAUUGAAUCCAAGUGCUAUAACUAGGUAUAGAGAGACAGCGUUGGUCAUUUUGUUUGGCACAGUUAGCCAUGGAACAUUUCACCUAGAUACUAGUUCUAGGAUCAAACCAGGGACUUAUAAUAGGCUCAGAUACUUUGAAGGGAACCAUGAUAAUUAUCCUUCCACCCAAAUCAUAGUGUUCAGAAAAUGUAUUGGAAAAAACUCACUCAUCUUUCCUAAGGAUUAACAUAUCAAAAGUGGUACAUAGUAUUCUCUGGGAUUAAUGCAUUGGUUAAGACAAAAAAAGUUUGCGGUAAAUAUAUCCAUGGAUAAACUUUGAGAACUUACCUCAAGUUUGGAAGCAAUGAAUAAUGAGGUAAUUCCAAUGAGUUGAAGCAUAUUUUUAUUUAUAUCCUUUUGUGUCAACAUAAAUCUAUCAAAAAAGUCUUGCGCAAGAUAAAAUGUUUCCCUAUGAAGUGUGUAUACUUCACACACCUAGAGAAGAAUCCAUUUAAAUAUUAUUCCAUUAAUUUCUCCAAAUUAGAAAGUUACCUCUUAGCAUACCAGAUUUCAGAACACUUUCUGAAGUCCAACUUGCUUUUUAGGAUACCAAAGCUAAAAUGGGGGAAAAAUUAACAUAUGCUAAUAGGAUAAACCUAUUACAGUCCUCUUAGUUUUAUAGGUUUUUUUCACAUAGACUUACUGUGUUUAUUCCCAGAUACAUUUACACUUGCUGACUAUAGCUGAGUACUUUUUUCCUAUUAAGCUUCUAAUGUUUUUUAAAUUAAUUUUUAUUGGAGUAUAGUUGCUUUACAAUGUUGUGUUAGUUUCUACUGUACAGCAAAGUGAAUCAGCUUUACGUAUACAUAUAUCCCCUCUUUUUUGGAUUUUCUUCCCAUUUAGGUCACCACAGAGCAUUGAGUAGAGUUCCCUUGGCUAUACAGUAGGUUCUCAUUAGUUAUCUAUCUUAUUCAUAGUGUCAAUAGUGUAUAUAUGUCAUCUAAUUUUUAUUGAUGCCAAAUGGGUAAGUUUUUAUGCUUAGUUUAUACUCUAAUAGUUCCAACUGAUUCUCUUCAUCAUUCUAGAUAUACAUUUAACUACAAAAUGACAACUCUGUUCCUUUCAAUGUUCUUACAUCAUUUAAGAAUUAUAGAAGAAAACUGAAUGAAUAACAAUGGUGAUUGACAAAAUUUUUAUCUUAUUCCUUGUUUCUGACUAUAAUGGGAUUCCCCUAAUGUUUCACUAUUGUUAUUAAUAAUAAGUAGUAUCUGUCAUUUCCACACUUAAUAUAGGGAAAGCUUUUAAUUCUCAAAAUAACUUCAUGAAGUAGGGAGGAAACAGAGGGACAGACAUACAUGAGUUUCUAAUAAACACUUAAUGUAUUAAGGAAAUCUAUCCCUAGUUUAUUGCAUAUUAAAAAAUCAGGAAUGUAUACUGAAUUUCAAAAAAUAUCUUUUACAUCUAUGAUAUAUAACCUUAUGAUUUUUCUCCCUUAAACUAUUAAUAGAUUUUCAAAUGUUGGACCAUUUUUGCAUUCCUAGGUUGAAAGAAAUACUAAGACAAAGUAGAGUUUAAUUCUCUGCUGGAUUUGAUUUAUUAUAUUUGGUUUUGUAUAUAUAAUCAUAUAUUUAAGGGAAAAUAGGGAUAAAUUUGAUAGACAACCACUGAAUAAAAAUCAAUGUAACAUAAAAAGGCAAAAUAAAAUAACAUCAACAUAAUUGUGCUUAAGUUGCAUUUGUGAUCAUUAGAUAUUCAGAAAAGUCAAAAUCCAACUACAUUCUUGUACACACGAUUGAAACAUAAUCUUCCCUUCUAGUCAGAAUAAGGAAUAAGAUGACCUGACUCAAAAGGACAACAGUUUGCAGUCUUAACGAACUUUUCUGAUAGCUUCUGAGAUCUAUUCUGCCGUGUGUUUCUCCACCAAAAAGCCUGUGGUAGUUCCCCCUUGGAGUUCAUUGUCUCAAUCUAUAUUAAAGACAGGGAAACUACAGAGCAAAUAUCCAGGGGUUGGGGUAAAAAUUAGUUUGUUAUCAAUAUAAAUAAUCAUUUCAAUAAUUUUAGAGAUUCUUUCAGAAUUAUUAUCCAGAGAAAGGGAAUGGGCCUAAACAAGAGAGGGCACAGAUAUUUAGGGCACAGGCAUUUAGGGACUUCUGGAUCACUAUUAUUCCUUUAGAUUAAUGGUACAGCUCAUUUCUGAAAGGAAUAGAGGGAUAACAAAAGCAAGCUACAUGGAGCCUCGAGGGCUUAGGGCUACUGGAUAUUCAAAGCCUCCUUAUCAUUUAGGAUAUAGAAAUUAGGAUUCCAAAUCAUAAUUUCAUUUUGGUGAUGAAGAAAAGGACUUCUGAGGGUCCUGAAGCCUAGUCCUGGUUCUUUACAUUGCAUAGCAAAAUUCAAAACCUUGUCAAAUUCUGUUCAUCUUGAGUAUCCUUGGCUCCAGGCACAGUGCCUAGUACACAGCGAUACUCAGAUACCACAAUUUCUGAAUUGGGUUUGGGUUGUAUGGGACCUAGUGGCUGUGUCCUCAUGAUUUUACUCUUAUCAAGCAGUCAUUUUCCAUUUUGGUAUCCUCAGCUACAGUGAGUAGCCCCCCAGAAUGGCUCCUGGCAAUAGGUAAUGUACCAUGAAGGCACAUGGAAAGCAUAUUUAUGUCUAAAUGUUUUUCCAUCAUACAAAAAAGGAAAUUUGUAUUCCUGGAACAUACCUCUAAAAGCCAGUCUAGAAGUAUUGACCUCAUCUGUGGCUCCAAUUCAGAAUGCAGAACUUCAAAAUGUUUGUCAUGAACAUAUCUGGUCUCUUUUUUUAACAUGUUUAGCCAAACAUCCUGUGAACAUCCCCAGCUAUGGAAAGGGGCAAAAUAAUUGUGUGACCACAUAAUAUACAAGCUACCUGUUUCACAUAGAGUAAACUCAACUUUCAAACACUGAAAUCCAACUUUGAAUUAGAAUUUGAAAGGACAACCUCUUAAAGUAAAUCAGGAAAAAUUGCUACUUUUAGAAACCAUUUCUUUAGCAUGAAAUUAUACAGCAAGAACUUGGAUUAUGAGAAUCUAAAUUGACAGAUUUCAAGAGUGCUUUCUAGUCCCCAUCUAUUUAUAAUUUACAAAGGCACCUGUUUAAGAUAACGAUGUUUUCUCAAGAGCAACACUAAAAAAGUAAAUAUUUAAAGCAUAUGAUCCCAGCAGAGACAGUCUCAAUCACCUCCAAAUAGAUCAUCACUACAUUACAGUGGGGUUAAGGUGGGACAGUAUGGAGAAGAGGAAGACUGGUGAGUUUAAAUGUAUGAGUCCAUUAAUUUGCUUAUUAAAGCCAAAUAUAAAUUAUUACACUACACAUUUUAUGUAAGUUGUACCUCUUAGUCAUUCAUUAACUAGAAAAAGUAUAGACCUUAGUAAGUAGGCUUGGUAAGAAAGAAAAAUAGCUGAUCUAUCAAAUGAAAAUGCUGUACAUGUUAAAAUACUUCCAUGUUAGCAAUUUAGAUAAAUUAUUUAAACUCCAUUAAAAAUGUGAUUCAGGGUUUCCCUGGUGGCACAGUGGUUAAGAAUCCAGCUGCCAAUGCAGGGGACACGGGUUCGAUCCCUGGUCUGGGAAGAUCCCACAUGCUGCAGAGCAGCUAAGCCUGUGCGCCACAAUUACUGAGCCUGCGCUCUAGAGCCCGUGAGCCACAACUACUGAGCCUGUGUGCCCUAGAGCCCAUGCUCCGCAACAAAGAGAAGCCACCACAAUGAGAAGCCCGUGCACAGCAAUGAAGAGUAGCCCCCGCUCACCGCAACUGGAGAAAGCCCGCGCGCAGCAAUGAAGACCCAACGCAGCCAAAAAUAAAUAAAUCAUAAAUAAAUAAGGUGAUUGAGUUCUUCUGAUAAGGCUUACAGUCUUCAGCAAGCAAGUGAAAAUAAUGUUAUAGAAUCAAUGUUUUAAAUACCCGUGUCAUUUGCAAAUAGCAUUACUGUCAGAUAAAAUAAUAUAUGCUUAAAGACUAGUAAAAAAAACAGUUUUUCUACAAGUUUUUCUAAUAAUGAAAGCAAAAAAUACCUCAAAAUAGCACCAUAUAUUACAUCAGUAAAUUUUAAUCUUUGACAUUAAAUUACUGAAAUUUUUCUUACCUUAAAUCAGGCAAAGGUGAAGGAUUAAUGAAAAGAUUUUUAAAUCUGUAAUUUGUAAAUCUGGAGAAGUCGCUUGUUCCUAUUUCUUUGUGGGGUGUUUCAAUGAUAAUGCAAGGACU